CUGCUGCUGCUGCUACUUCCAGCUGUUCUCUUUUGCCUUUUUAUAGACAUUGUAGAAAGAUGGUAGAGAGAGAAAAUGAUGAGAUUGGGUUUUUCCCAUUUUUACACAUUUCCCCUUUUAAUCAGAGUACUUAAUAUGUUUUCUUCCUUCUUUUUGAUCCCUAAUUUCCUGAUCUGCUGCUGUAGCCUGUAGCCUAGCCUAGACUAAUUGUGUGGCAUUGUAGUAAUUGAACUGGACUUUUGAGCAUGGAUUUGUGCUCAUAUUCUGCUUUCUUGGGGAGGAGUGCUGUGCACUGAUGCAUGUAUGCGAAUCUUGAAAUGAAAAACAAUGAAAGCUAUUACUAUACCUAAGAAUAUGUUCUUGCUGGAGGUGAUACUGAUCUGCAAUUUAUAUGCUGUAAUGAUUGAAGUCCAUCUGCUGGCUGUUCUUCCUGUGGAUUGCUUUGGAGGGAGUAGGAUUUGGUAUUCAGGCGCGCAUGCCGUUAAGUGACAUCGCAAAGUUUGUAAUCAGACUGUUGGAUGUGCCUCGAAAUUUGGUUAUUAGGCCCCGAUUUGUUGACAGUUUUGCGGUGCGACAAACUUUGGAAAAGAAUUUGUGAAGAGAAAAAUAGAUGUCUGCGGUUCUCCUUUUUUCAUAAACCAUUUGCUAUUCGGAUAAGCUGUGGAAGCCGUGAUGAUGUUCACACGCCGCCCACCAAUGCUCUAUGGUACAGGGACUUUGGUUAUACUGGCGGGAGGUUCGCAAACGCUACACGCCCAAGUUACAUCACACCUCCGCUUAAAACGCUUCGAUAUUUUCCAUUGUCGGAUGGCCCUGAAAAUUGUUAUUAUAUCAACAACAUUCCUAUCGGGCAUUACCAAGUUAGAACAUUCUUUGCCCUCGUGGCUGACCCAAAUCUCGACAGCGAGCCCAUUUUUGAUGUUUCUGUUGAGGGGACGCAAAUCAUUUCCUUGAAGUCUGGUUGGAGCAGCAGCGAAGAGCAGUGCUUUGCCGAUGCUCUAAUUUUUGUUCAAGAUACUUCUGCUUCGAUAUGUUUUCAUAGCACUGGACAUGGAGAUCCAUCUAUCCUUUCGAUCGAACUUCUUCAAGUUGAUGAUAACGCGUACAAUUUCGGGCCAUCGUGGGGAAAAGGAACAAUUCUCAGAACGGUCAGAAGAUGGACUUGUGGAACUGGAAAGCCGGCUUUUGACGAAGAUUUAAAUGGAACCCAAUGGGGUGGGGAUAGAUUUUGGUUGGGCGCUAAAGCUUUUUCUUCUGGCUCUGACCAAGCUAUAUCGACUGAAAACAUUAUCGCUGAAACAUCGAUGGCUCCAAAUUUUUAUGCAGAGGCCCUUUAUCAGUCGGCAAUCGUGAGCACGGAUACGCAGCCUGAUUUAUCAUUCCAAAUGGAUGUCGAUCCCAAUAAAAAUUACUCGAUAUGGCUUCACUUUGCUGAGAUUGAUGCGAGCAUAACCGGCGAACAAGAAAGAGUCUUUGAUAUCCUGAUAAAUGGUAAUAUUGUAUUCAAGAAUGUCGACAUAGUUCGAAUGGCGGGGGAAAGGUAUACUGCUCUUGUGCUGAACACAACUGUUGCUGUGAGUGGGAAGACGUUGACGAUUACCUUGCAGCCUACCCAAGGGAUGCAUGCAAUUAUUAGUGCUUUCGAAAUCUUCGAGAUUAUUUCAGCAGAAAUGACAACAUCAUCGGAUGAAGUCAGCGCAUUACAAACUCUGAAGAGCUCAUUGGGGCUUCCUCUGCGUUUUGGCUGGAAUGGCGACCCAUGUGUUCCUCAACAGCAUCCUUGGAGUGGAGUGGAUUGUCAGUUUGACAAGACUAAGGGCAAAUGGGUCAUAGAUGGACUGGGCCUUGACAACCAGGGUUUGAAGGGGUUACUACCUAGUGACAUUUCUAAGCUUCAACAUCUACAGAAUAUAAACUUGAGUGGAAACAGCAUUGGGGGGACCAUUCCAUCCUCUCUUGGUACCAUUGCUGGGUUGGAGAUACUGGAUCUAUCGUUCAACCAACUAAAUGGUUCUAUUCCUGAUAGUCUUGGCCAGCUGAAAUCAUUACAGAUACUGAAUCUCAAUGAAAAUUUUCUAUCUGGAAGCGUUCCAGCCAAUCUGGGAGGAAGACCUCUUCACAGGGCUAGUUUCAAUUUCACUGGCAAUGCAGGCCUAUGUGGAAUACCGGGGUUACCUUCAUGCGGGCCUCACCUCUCUAUCGCUGCUAAAAUUGGCAUCGCAUUCGGGUCGCUGAUUGGUCUUCUGCUCAUGGUAGUAUUUGCAGCAUGCUGGUGGAAACGAAGGCAGAACAUCCUUCGCGCUCAGAAAAUCGCAGCUGCAAGGGAAGCUCCAUAUGCAAAAGCUAAAGCUCGCACCCACUUUGCGCGUGACAUUCAGAUGGGCAAGCAUCACCGACCGCAUGAACAUUCUCGAAAUCCUGCUGAAGCUGCGCCCGUUUUGCUCUCCUAACAAGCCGCUAUAUCUGUCCAUACAUCGUCAAUCUCGAUCUCGACCUCUUAUCGACUAGAAGAAACAUAGGCAAUUAUAGUAUUCAUUGAAGAGAUCAUUCAGUAGAGUUAUGAUAAAGCCAACUGUAAAUACAAGAUUCAUUGUAUAUGCUCGUACACUCUCCCUUUGUUUUUUUCCUCGAUUGGCUUAUUUGGAGCAGUUACAACUUUUUGCCUUUUCUGUUAAAAUGUCAAUUUACUAAAACCUCCACCAUAUACUUUGUUGGUUCAUGAGAAGUGCAAAAUUCUCUUAGGACCACUUUUGUAGUUUGUACUGGAUCUCAUAUCAGUAAAGUACUUUUUGUGUGAAGUUA